AUGGCAUCACGAGGAAGCCUUCAAGUUCAGCAGGACAGCAUCGGCUAUGGACGCGCCAGUGCCAGCGGAUAUCCAGUCACACCCAGAAGCUCUACAUUCCCUGAUGUAACUCGUACAACAUAUGAUAGUUCGUACUACCCGACUACCAGCGCGGCGUACACACCCGAUGUGACAGCUUCAAGUUAUAGUCCGAUAUCAGCCAUUGUCUCCCAGACGGCUAUGCCCAUUUCCGAUACGAUGUACAGUUCCAAUGGAUACAAUUCAGGGCCGUCUUCUGCCAUGUAUGGAUCUGCCGGGCCUGGGUAUGGUUCAUUCCCUAGCCAGGGCUCCAGUUAUGGAAGAGUUUCACCCGAAAUGUAUUUGGAUGAUUUUGUGGCUUCCCCAAGCCCGACCGACUAUGCGCUAGAACCCUCAAGUAGAGGAAGCAAAAAGUUUGAAGGCAAAGGACACUCUUCUUCACAAAGACGACCUGCCAACAAAGAUGAAUUUGAUGGACCUCAUCAAUUCUUGCAGCGACCACCACCAGAGUACAUUGCACAACAGGAGCGAGAUUUACCCCAUCUCCCGACAAACCUUGUCGUUCACGAGCAGGACAGUAUCCUCACAAGAGUCAAUGAGCGCCUGUCUCAAUGUGCUUUUGAUUUCGUUGCCAAAUAUCAGUUUCCCAUCCCCUUGGCCAAUGGAGAGCUGCGACCCGUGGAACGACCUCAGGACCGGGAGUGGACAGAAUGGGUUUACCUUUUGAAGCGACUGGCGACUAAGCGACGCAUUCCAGCGCGCGUAUUGUACAACGGUCAGAUCAAGCAAUUUAUUACCAUCCUGGAGAAUUCCCUGGAGAUGCGUCACGCAGCUAAGCAUCAAUCUCGCCCGCUCAAGGACGACAGGAAUAUACUCCAAUUAAUUUCAGCAGGAAUACAAGUCGCCAAAAUCCUUCGCGACGCCGAAGCGAUGUCUUAUUUGGACCGACUAUACGUUAACACGGAGCAACAGAUCCAGGAAAGAAGCGCUAACACACGCUAUUUUUCCUCUUGA